CUUGCGCCCGCCCGGGCUCGGCUGAGGCGGAGGCGGCGGGGCCGGGAGGAUCCCGCGUCCCUUCCCCGCGGCCGGGGGGGCUCUGAGGGGUUCCUGCUGCCGCUGUGGGCAGCCCCCGCUUCUUAUCCGUGCCUGGGGGGGGGCUGUAGGGGGAGGUGGGUGCUGCCCGAGCCCGCUGGCAGAGCCCAAAGGGGUCCCGCAGCGGGCUCCUUCCUCAGCCCCUGGGCUGCAGCAUGGUGUGUGCGCAGGUGGAGACGAGCCCCAGGCGCUGCUGGCAGAAGGUGCUGUACGAGCGGCAGCCCUUCCCCGAUAACUACGUGGACCAGAGGUUCCUGGAGGAGCUGCGGAAGAACAUCCACGCCCGCCAGUACCAGUACUGGGCCGUGGUCUUCGAGUCGGGGGCCGUGGUGCAGCAGCUCUGCAGCGUCUGCGUUUUCGUCGUCACCUGGUGGUACAUGGACGCCGGGGUGCUGAGCCCGCAGGGGCUGUUUGGGGCGGCCCUGGCCUCCUCGCUGCUCGGCUACGUGCUCUUCGAUGCCAUCGAUGCCGGGGUUGGGCGGCGGGAGAGCGGGCGGACGCGGUGGGCAGACCUGAAGAGCACGCUGGUGUUCCUCGCCUUCACCUACGGCUUCUCCCCAGUGCUGAAGACGCUGACGGAGUCCAUCAGCACGGACACGAUCUACGCCAUGUCGGUCUUCAUGCUCCUUGGCCACCUCAUCUUCUUCGACUAUGGCGCCAACGCCGCCAUCGUGUCCAGCACGCUGUCCCUUAACAUGGCCAUCUUCGCCUCGGUGUGCCUGGCCUCACGCCUGCCACGCUCCCUCCACGCCUUCGUCAUGGUCACCUUCGCCAUGCAGAUCUUCGCCCUCUGGCCCAUGCUGCAGAAGAAGCUGAAGGCCCGGACACCGCGCUGCUACGUGGCAGUGACCGUCCUCUUCGCGCUGGCGGCGCUGGCAGGGCUGGCGAGCGUCUCCAGCGUGGGUGCUGUGCUCUUCGCCUCGCUGCUGCUCUCCAUCUCCUGCCUCUGCCCUUACUGCCUCAUCCGGCUUCAGCAGCUCAAGGACAACAUCCACGGGCCCUGGGACGAGGCAGAAAUCAAGGAGGACCUCUCCAGGUUCCUCACGUAGGCCUGGCCAGGGGGGAGAGGGGCUCUGUGCUGCAAGAAGCACGGAGGGACUUUUCUGAGGGGAUCCCCAACUCAAUAAAACCUCUCACACAGCAGUGGGAAACGUGUCUAUGUGUGCUCUGUAACAGCCCUGCAGCAGGGUGGUGCCUGGCAGACCCACGGUGGUAUUUUUGUCCAGCUCUGGCCAUCGAGACAGAGGGACGGGGCAGAAUCCUGCAGAGGGAUGAAGCUGCAGCUCAGCACACUCUGUGGGUGCACCCAGCGGGCACCCAGCCCGGCCCCAGGGUGCUGCAGCGGU